UUUUUCGGUGAGGACCGGGCGGGCUCAGCGGUUCCGGGUGGUGAGGACUGGGCCGCGAGUGUCGGCUGUGCUGGUAGCGGCCUGCCCAGCCCAGCCCAGGCCAGGCCAGGCCAUGGCGGCUCCGCGGCUGGAGCCCGAGCUGGCCAGGCAGCUCUUCUUCGAGGGCGCGGCGGUCGUGGUGCUGGGCGUUCCCGAGGGCACCGAGUUCGGCAUCGACUACAGCACCUGGGCCGUGGGCCCCCAGUUCCGCGGCGUUAAGAUGAUCCCGCCGGGCGUCCACUUCUUGCACUGCAGCGCGGGGCGGGCGGGCGGCGGCCGGGAGACGGGCCCGCGCACCGGCUUCUUCCUCAGCCUGCAGCGGCGGGAGGUGCGGGUGCUGCGGUGGGACGCGGCCAGCGAGGCGGUGGGCCUGGCGCCCCCGGCCACGGGGGAGGCUGAGGCCUUCAGGGAGAAUCUGCAGGAGCUGGACCGGUUCCUCGGGCCCUAUCCCUACGAGACCCUGAAGAAGUGGGUCUCCCUCAGCAGCUUUAUCAGCGAAGCGGCGAUGAAGAAGCUGCAGCCGGAGAGCGGGCAGAUCUGCGCCUUCUCCGAGGUGCUGCCGGUCGCGGCCGGGCGGCACACCAGGGACCGGGCGGAGCAGCGCUUGCCGCCCUUCGGCGCCGAGUGCCGGAGCUACGCGGAGGGCAUGGCCCGGCUGCCCCGCAUGAAGCCGAAAGCCGGCACCGAGAUCAGGUUCACGGAGCUGCCGAAGCAGAUGUACCCCAGCGGUGCUACUCCGGAGGAGAUAACCAGGCACAGCAUGGACCUCAGCUACGCUCUGGAGAAGGUGAUCAGCCAGCGAUACGCCAGCCAGCCUCUGGAUCUGCUUGCUGAGUUGCAGUUUGCUUUCAUCUGCUUCCUGAUCGGGAAUGUAUAUGAUGCUUUUGAGCACUGGAAAAGACUCUUAAACAUCCUGUGCCGAUCUGAAGAUGCCAUCGGGAAGUAUCAAGACCUUUAUAUUAAUCUCAUUUCUGUGCUGUAUCACCAGCUCAGUGAAAUCCCAGCUGAUUUUUUCGUGGACAUUGUCUCCCAGGACAACUUUUUAACCAGCACCCUACAGGUGUUUUUUUCCUGCACGUGCAAUGCUGCUGUUGAUGGGACCCUAAGGAAAAAGGCUGAAAAAUUCAAGGCUCACCUAACGAAGAAAUUUAAAUGGGACUUUGAGGCAGAGCCUGAUGACUGCGCUCCUGUAGUGGUAGAACUUCCUGAAGGUGUGCAGGUGGACUAAGCAAAAUGCUCCCUUAGAAACAAACAGCUUUUUUAAAAGAACUCUUUCACCACAUCUCCAGCCUUGCCAGCUUCCUAAAGUCUGUUUCUGAAGCUUACUCCUCUUUCUGCCUUAGAAGCAGAUGUGGAAAACCCAGGAGGAUUCCUAACUUCGAGAGGAGACCAAAAUUAUUGGAGGAGUUUGAGUAUUGUCACGCAGCUACUUUGGGCACCUUGUGGUUUUAUUCCCUAGCUCUUCUGCAGCAUCUUCUCAUCCUGUACCCAGCUGACCUCUAGAUCCCUGGUCCCCUGCGUCCUCCCGAGUGAGGAGCGUUAAGCCCACACAACUGGUUAUUGCAGCUUUUGACAGCUGGAACCCAGAGUGUGAACUGAGUUGUUCUGCUCUUCCUAGGCUUGUGUUACAGGGGUGUAACCACAACGGUUUCAAAACUCCGUUGGAUGCUUAUGCCGCUUACUGUGACUUACUGCCAUGAUCUGUUGUGGAGGAGGACUCAGAGCCACAGCAAAAUUCCUCCCAUUUCAUACCCCUAAUACUGAGGUAUCUUAUUCCUCUCAUUCUGUUAAAGCCUUUUGUAUUUACUGCUGACGCUCUGUUAAACCUGAUGUUACCAAACUGAUAACUUUCUUUUACAAGAAAUAGAAUUAUUGGACAGUAGUCACCCAGGUCUUGAAGAAGAGAGCCAGCACAUGAUAAAGUCAAACUUCCACAUGAACUGGAUCCUCUGUUUUGUUAUAAUUCAAAACCUUACAUAUUUUCACUGGUUCCAGUCUCUUCUUUCUCCCCAUUUCCCACAGAUAGGCCAUAGGGAAACUUGUGGUGCUCAUUCAGAGCUGCACAGGGAUGUAGUCCUACCACUCUUUACUUCCUUGGCUGUUCGACUCCUCCAGGAAUUUCUCUGUGUGCAUGUCUAACAAGAUAACGCUGUUUGUUAGUCUUUCCUAGUUCCAAAUAAAUCUCAAGAGAGCCUUGCCUACAGAAAA